GACUACUAUCAAAACCCUAAACACCAAAGGGUCGGGCGGACGUAGAGUUGGUUUGUUAACCUCUACGGCUCUUCUGUUUAAAUUUAAUAUAUUUUUACGUGAUCAUCAUCGUCGUAUUUAUCUAGUGUUUGUAUGUACGUAGGAGAAUUAGUAUUAAAAUAUAGCACCCGGUGUACUAAGAAAAAAAAAAAAAAAAAAAAAAAAAGAACAGUCAAAGAGAAGAGCCGUGUUGUAAUUUUUGUAAGUUAGCUAUUCAUCACAUCAUGACUUGACGUCCGGUCUGUACUGCAUAAGUGUCCUCUGCCAGUGUAUUUACAUGUUACUAGUGAAUAAACACCAUCUCCGUGAUGUACUUGUUUCCCCGAUGUUUUCGUCGUCUUUGAUACUAGUGUAUUUCGCGGUAUCUCUCGCACCCGCAUCCGUAUAGUGUGAAUAUUUUCAAUCCAAGAUCUUUGUGAGAGAUUCAUCCUCGAAGAAAGGAAGGAAAGAUGGCCCAGGAAACGGAUGACAUAAAUCUGACGCCACAGGAGCUGCAGACGCUCUCGGAGCUGGAUAGUCGACAAUUUGGUUUUUUCAAACUUAAUUCACCAGAACAAGCCAAAAAGAAAGCAUUGGUGGUUCGAGCGAUCAAAUAUUUAGAAAGAAUGCUAGUUCAAGCACAGUCUGAGAAACAGCGAAGAAAAGCUGACAGUACAAAAUCAGUAAUCGAAGGCGUAAAAGAUGAAGAUGACGACGAUGAUGAUGAUGAUGAGGACAAAGGAAUCAGUAUAGAUCCAAAAACUUAUUGUAAACUGGGCCACUUUCAUCUGUUACUUGAAGAUUAUACUAAAGCUAUGUCUGCCUAUCAAAAGUUUUAUGAAUUGAAAGGUGAUUAUUGGAAGGACGCAUCUUUUUUAUAUGGACAAGGCUUGGUGUACUUUCAUUUCAACGCGUAUCAAUGGGCGAUAAAGGCCUUCCAGCAGGUGCUAUGGGUGGAGCCAAGCUUUCCGCGGGCCUGCGAGGUUCACCUCAGGCUGGGCUUGAUGCUGAAAGUCCACGGUGACUUUGAAGCAUCCCUCAAGCACCUCACGCUCGCCCUCAUCGACGUCACCACGCCUGCGUCCUUCUCCAAGCUUGAAAUAAAGUUCCACAUCGCGCACCUGCACGAGAUACAGGGCAAGUACCGUCUGGCGAAGGAGCACUACGAGGGCCUGCUCAAGGAGAAAGCCCUGCCCGCGCACCUCAGGGCCGAUAUCUGCCGACAGCUGGGAUGGAUGUACCAUGUCAUUGACUGCAACAUACUGGGCGUGACUCGUCAGCAGAAACAAGCGAUCGCCAUCCACUGUCUGCAGAGGUCGAUCGAGGCCGAGCCCAAGUCCGGCCAGAGUCUCUAUCUCCUCGGGCGCUGCUUGGCGGCCAACGGACAAGUUCACGAUGCCUUCAUCGCCUACAGAAACUCGGUGGAAAAGUCUGAGGGGAACGCGGAUACCUGGUGUAGCAUAGGUAUACUGUACCAGCAGCAGAACCAGCCCCUGGACGCCCUUCAGGCGUACGUCUGCGCGGUACAGCUAGACAAAACGCACUCGGCGGCGUGGACGAAUCUCGGGAUACUGUACGAGAGCCACAGCCAGCCCAAAGACGCCCUCGUCUGCUACGUCAACGCCUCUAGCUCUCAGCCAGGUGAAGAGCCAAACGGUCCACAGGGCCAUCCGGCCGGUCAGCCCCAGCAACCUCAGCGACCGCCGCCGUUCUACCUGUCGCCCCAGCAGUUGCAAAUGCUACAGUUCCUGCAGCAGAAUCAAGGCAGCUUGACGGCUCAGCAGCAAGGUUUGCUUAUUCAGCUUCAGCAGCAGUACCGCGCGAUGCAGCAGCACCAACAGCAGCUCCGGAUACAACAGCAGCAGGCCAUCCAGCGGGGUCUAAGGCCCGGCCAGCCUGGCUAUCCUAUGGGCUACGUGGCUGCCAAUGCACAUCCGCAGCCUGGUGUUAUCAAGAGCUACGGCAUGCCCCAGCAACCGCAAAGCGGUACUGUGGCACUGCAGACUGGCUUCUCCGAUACGAACGUGGGCUACAAUGCAGCUGCUGCUACGGGCAACUGCCAAACGGCGGGCAUGCCUUACAAAUCCGCCUCCGACCAAAACUAUCCUCAGCGCCAACCCCAACAGCCCCAGCAGCCCCAACAACAAUUUGGCACUCAGCAACAGCAGCAGCAACAGCAGCAGCAGCAACAACAGCAACAGCAGCAGCAGCAACAACAACAACAACAACAACAACAACAGCAACAGUAUCAGUCGAAUCAGUACGGUGCCCAGGGCUAUACUCAGAUAUCAUCAACGACGAGCUGUUAUCCGGAAGGCUCGUCCGGGAAUAACAACAACAACAACAACAACAACAACAACAACAACAACAACAACAAUAGUGGCACCAAUAGUAGUAAUAACAACAAUAACAACAACAAUUCAACCGUGAAAGACAAUCAACUCGGAGUCACGGAUCAGGAGCUUCAAGCUCUUUUGUCGCAAAAGGAUAUAGCGACAUCGUUGGCUGAAGACUUGCUUAAACACUUUGGUUCGGACGAUCUUGAUGUUAAGGAUGAGCCUCGGCAGCCGAUCGUGAAUAAUGGCACAUUGAGCUCGGGGCCAUUCUCACCGUCGAAUAUUGACAACGAGGGCGAAAAGAUGAAGGAAGUCAAGAUUGAAAAGAUGGACGAUCAUUCGCAGCAACAACAACCGUUGAGUAAUCGUCCGAUCAAGCAAGAAUCCAAGUCUCACGUGGAGACGAUCAAGUGCGAGGCGACCUCGAGCACGAGCAAGAUCGACUCUACGAUCCUUCGAGGACCCGAGCCAGUAUUGAGGCUCGAGCGGCUCUGCGAAAAACAGACCGAACCGGAAUUCUCGAUCGACAUGGACGCCCGUACGAUAGUUGAAAUGUGCAGGAAUCGUAUACACAAGACCGUGCCAAGCUGCUCGAUACUUAGCGACAAGUCACCACCCCCCGCGCCACCGGACCCACCAAGUCAGAGGUUAACCAAGGAGCAGCUACUACCUCCCACUCCCAGCGUCUUCUUGGAAAACAAGAAGGACGUGUUUAGCCCGAUCUUGCAAGAGUUCUGUCUCAAGCAUCCUAUUGCAGUAGUGAGAGGUCUAGCGGCAGCCUUGAAACUCGAUCUUGGCCUGUUCUCGACAAAGACACUGGUAGAGGCGAAUCCCGAUCACGCGAUCGAGGUGCGCACUCAGCUCCAGCAGGCCAGUGACGAGAACUGGGAUCCCGUGUUGGCUCGCAAAGUUUGGCCCUGCAUUAGCCACCGCAGCCACACGACAAUAGCAAAGUACGCGCAGUACCAGGCCUCCAGUUUUCAGGAGAGCCUGAAAGAAGAGCGCGACAAGAGCCAGGGAAUACACACGUCGACUACCUCGAAUCUUUCGGACAGCGACUCGAAAGAUAGCACGGGCAUCAACGUCAAGCGAAAGAGGAAUAUUUACGGUCUACCUGGCAGGUCGGGCUCAAAGAUGUUGCGAUUCGGUACGAAUGUCGAUUUGUCCGACGAGAAGAAGUGGAAGCCACAGUUACAGGAACUGAUGAAGCUGCCGGCCUUCGCGAGGGUUGUCUCUGCUGGCAACAUGCUCAGCCACGUUGGCCACGUUAUUUUGGGAAUGAACACUGUUCAGUUGUACAUGAAGGUUCCUGGCAGUCGAACACCGGGUCAUCAAGAGAACAAUAACUUUUGCUCGAUAAAUAUCAAUAUUGGUCCCGGUGACUGCGAAUGGUUUGGAGUACCCGACGCGUAUUGGGGUGUCAUACAGAAUCUAUGCGAACGUAAUAACAUCAAUUACCUGCACGGAAGCUGGUGGCCGUCGAUGGAAGAUCUGUACGAAGAAAACGUUCCCGUCUACAGGUUCGUGCAGAGGCCUGGAGAUCUAGUUUGGGUUAAUGCUGGCUGUGUUCAUUGGGUGCAGGCAGUGGGCUGGUGCAAUAAUAUUGCAUGGAACGUUGGCCCACUGACCGCACGUCAGUAUCAACUGGGAAUCGAGCGCUACGAGUGGAACAAGCUCCAAGCAUUCAAAUCAAUCGUACCUAUGGUGCACUUAUCUUGGAAUCUAGCGAGAAAUAUCAAGGUCUCAGACAAGCGGUUGUUCGAGUUGAUUAAAAACUGCUUGAUGAGAACGAUGCGCCAGUGUUGCCUCAUACUUGAGUUCGUCAAGUCGAAAGGCGUGGAGGUUCGUUUUCAUGGCAGGGGCAAGAACGAGGCUUCGCAUUAUUGCGGACAGUGCGAGGUCGAAGUUUUUAAUAUUUUGUUCAUCCGUGAACAAGAAAAGCGGCACGUGGUUCACUGUAUGGACUGCGCGAGGAAGCAGUCACCAUCUCUCGAGGGAUUCGUCUGCCUCGAAGAGUACAAGCUUCGCGACCUCAUGGAUGUCUAUGACAAUUUUACACUGCACGUACCACAGAAGCAGCCCCAACAUAACUAUCAACAUCAACAGCAACACCAACAGCAGCAGCAGCAGCAGCAGCAACAACAGCAGCAGCAGCAGCAACAACAAAACUUUUAA